AUGGAGGAAGGCGAACCAAAGAGCGGCGGCGGGUGGGUCGCAAUGUGGGAGACGCCCCUGCAAAUGCUGGGGCUGAUCGUGUUACUGGCGAUAGUCCUCUCCUUGCUCUUACCGACCAUCCCCAAGGCCAUCUUCGAUGCCGUUGUCGACAGUGUCGCCGACCUCGCCGCCGAUCUCGCCUACAUGGCCCUCAUGAAGUUCAUCCAGGAGUUAUUCGUGAGAAUAAAAACAUGGGUGGUCGUCUUCGCGGUUGUAUCCUCCUACUACUCUGGAUUCGCCUUUUUCUUCGUCUACGACCUCUGCGUCAUCAUCUACGAAUUCUUUUUUUCCGACUUCGGGCUCAUCAACACCUUGCAGCUAUUAUAUUCAAUGUACGACUUGAUCUCCGACAAUGCCCAUCCCACGGCGUCUAAAGUGAUGCGGGCAAUUGUUUUCGUCGUCAAGAAAUAG